UAGUCGGUACAAGUUGUCUAUAGAUUGUGGGCACAUGCAACAAGAUGGUCCCGUCGUUCCUGCAGGUAUUGUUGGUGGUAAUUUGUGUUUCAUUUACAAACAGCACACAAGGAACAUCUAGUUUCUAUGGAAAACCAUUAUUUGGAUCGAAAACUCCUUAUUUCUGGGAGCGAGAUGUUAACGAGACUAUCGGCGUUGACUCUGGUAUGACCAUAACCCACAACGGAAAAACAUGUACGGCAAUAUACGUGGAUGCUUUAUUACGUCAUGGCGCCCGAUACCCGACGUCAUCCUAUAUAGUGAAUAUGGAUUCUAUUGUUCUUAAACUGCGGAGCUUGUCGCUUGCCAUACAGCAUCCCUUCAUUAACACGUGGGUCAACAGGUUCCCUUUGGAGUUGAACGGACAGCUCUCCAUUUUAGGUCACCAGGAACAAUACACACUAGGGAAACGAUUCCUUUCCCGCUUCCAGUCUCUCCUACAGUCUGACCGAAUCCAAUACUUUGCUACAUACAAGAAGAGAACACAAGACAGUUCCAAGCUCUUUGAACAAGGUGUAACGGGGCGACAGAUGAGUGAUGAUUUGAGCAACACUACCCAGCCUACCAUAGACAAUAUCAUGCUACGAUUUUUUGAUAACUGUGACGAAUACUCAGCAAGUGUCCUUAAUAACGAUUCGGCGAUAGCGGAGUAUUUCAAAUUUCAGCAAGGUCCUGAGUAUACUGCAAUGAAACAAGCAGUGAGCGACCGUAUCACUGCUGGGCAUAUCAACCUUACUAUCAGUGAAAUCCUUGUUAUCCAUCAAUAUUGCACUUUAGAACUGGGCUUGUUCAAGUCCUCUGACUGGUGUUCCUUCUUUACUGAAGAGGAUUUGGAAGUUAUCGAUUACGGAACUGAUUUAUAUAACUACUGGAGGAAAACAUAUGGUCAUGUUAUAAACAGCGAGAUCACGUGUCCAAUGUUUGUCGAUGUCUUCGGGAACAUGGACAAAGCUAUCCAGGCGGCCCGGGAAGGACGCAGCUACACUGUGGGAACGUUCAGGUUUGGACACGCCGAGACUCUACUUCCCAUUUUCAGCGCGCUCUCCCUCUUCCAUGACGACACACCUCUCUUGGCAAGCAACUACAACGUCCAUCGUAACCGAACGUUCCGGACCAGUAAAAUAUCGCCAUUUUCUGGUAAUAUAUAUCCGGUCCUGUACAAGUGUGGGGACGGUCUCGGGGAUAUAUACCUGAAAAUGUUCGUGAACGAGGUGGAGACUCCACUCCCUGCGUGUGGCUACAAACUUUGUCCUUACUACCUAUUGAAGAGCGUCUACAGUGACCCAAUAAACAACUGUAGGUUUGACACGCUAUGUCACAAUGUCCACUCCACUAUACCAUCGCCUGUAGUUGGAUAAUGAAAUCUUUGUCUGGUUGUUUGUUAAACAUGACUCAGAAAAUGCAAAUCUCUGUAAAUCAUAUUGUUUAACUGAACAAAAAUUGACUUUUUGAAUCCAAGACUUUUUAUGCUUAAUAAAACAAUGCAUAUAUUUACUCUCUUCCAAA